CAGUUUGUGCGCCGCCCAACCGUGAUUCGCCGCUCCGUUCGGGUUGUCGCCGCGCGAGUCGCACCCGGAGCGCUGGAGCUGCGAAACUGGCGCGAAAAACCGACGUCGCCGCCGUCCCCGCGCCUCUUGAGGCGCUGGGAUCGGCCGACGCGCGGCGACGCGGCCGAGGCUCCGCGCUCCGAGUCGCGGCGCGCGCUGCGACGGCCACGGGCGGCGCUGCGACGAGAGAACCGCCGCGCGCGCUCGCUCCGCCGCCGUCCGGACCGCGCGCGCUCCGCCGCCCGCACGGCGCCUCGACCGUCCCCCCCGCGCGCAGGUUAGAACCAUGGCUGAAGCUCUCACGCUCCGCGGCACCCUCAAGGGCCACAGCGACUGGGUCACGUCCAUCGCGACGACGUCCGAGGACCCGUCGAUGAUCCUGUCGUCGUCGCGCGACAAGACGGUCCUCCUCUGGGCGCUCACGGCCGGCGGCGGCUCCGCCGAGGGCGAGGCCUACGGCUACCCGCGCCGCGCGCUCAAGGGCCACAGCCACUUCGUGUCCGACGUCGUGAUCUCGUCCGACGGCCAGUUCGCGCUCAGCGGCUCGUGGGACGGCACGCUCCGCCUCUGGGAGCUCGCGACGGGCAAGACGACGCGCCGCUUCGUGGGCCACACCAAGGACGUGCUGUCCGUGGCCUUCUCCACGGACAACCGCCAGAUCGUGUCCGGCUCCCGCGACAAGACGGUCAAGCUCUGGAACACGCUCGGCGAGUGCAAGUACACGAUCUCGGACGAGGGCCACACGGAGUGGGUCUCGUGCGUCCGCUUCUCGCCGUCGGUGCAGGCGCCGGUCAUCGUGUCCUGCGGCUGGGACAAGCUCGUCAAGGUCUGGUCCCUGACGAACUGCAAGCUCCGCACGAACCUCUACGGCCACAACGGCUACCUCAACACGGUCACGGUGUCGCCCGACGGCUCGCUCUGCGCGUCCGGCGGCAAGGACGGCACGGCCAUGCUCUGGGACCUCAACGAGGGCAAGCGCCUCUACUCCCUCGACGCCGGCGACGUCAUCCACUCCCUCGUCUUCUCCCCGAACCGCUACUGGCUCUGCGCGGCGACGACGCUCGGCGUCAAGAUCUGGGACCUCGAGUCCAAGGUCGUCGUCGACGAGCUCAAGCCCGAGUUCCCCGCCAUGGGCAAGAACGCCACGCCGCCCUACUGCACCUGCAUCUGCUGGUCCGCGGACGGCGCCGUCCUCUUCUCCGGCUACACGGACGGCCUCAUCCGCGCGUGGCACGUCGGCGCCUAGGCGCGCCAACGCCCGCCCCAGCCCAAGACGGGCCCCUAACACUCGCCACGUG